ACACUAUGGUAUAUAUAUAUAUAUAGUUGGCAUAUACGUAACCUAUACGUUAAUUUAUUGUUGCAAAUAAUAUAAGUUACAAAUUUUAUAAUGAUGAAUACACUUUUAUCAUUAAGAAUAUUAUCAUGUACAGGGAAAAAAUUGUUAAUUAACGAUACGAUUAAUUCAAAAUAUUCGUUUGUAAAAACCUUAAGAAAUUUUCACAUAACCUCUUUUAAUACAAAAGAGAUAAGAGGUGUAAAUGACAAAGUUAGAGUUGGUAGUAACAAAUAUAAUUUAGUUGAAGGAGAAGUAGAAGGUUCAGUUCAUAACUUAGACCAAACAAAACUAUUCCCUGAAGAAGACACACCAAAUUGGAUUUUUAAAGGUAUACCAUAUAAGGAAUUACCAAUUGUUAAUAUAAAAGCAACUCAUAACAAUACUAUUCUAUCUUUGACAGAUUAUCAAGGAAAGGUACUAGCAGUACAUUCUGCAGGUAGAGAAGGUUUUAAAAAUACUAGAAAGGGUACUAAUGUCGCAGCGCAACAAACGGCAAUUAGUUUCAGCGAAACAAUUCGAAAUAAAUGUACACCAGUAAUCAGAGUACGUGUAGGUGGAUUAGGUUCUGGUAGAAUGGCUGCUUUGAAAGGUCUUCAAUUAUCAGGAAUAGAAAUAAUAUCAAUCACAGAUAGUACAAAAGUUUCGUGGUGUCCACAAAGACCAAGAAAGCCAAGGAGAAUAUAAUUAUAUCCUAUACAUCCAGAACGGCGUCUUUAAAAAGUCAUCUUAUUAUUAUAAUUUAACAAUUAUAUGUACAUUUACUCAAAAUUAGAACUUCAUAUUUAUAUCAUUGUGUCAAAAUUGCUAAUUUCAUAAUGCAAUAUAAUUUUCAAGUUACGUACUUUUCAUAGAAAUAUUUCUUCAUUUCCUUGAAGAUUUCAAAUCCGAUAAUAAUUCUGAACAUUUUAUUAAGUUAUUAUUAAAUAAAAUUUAAUAAAAGUUUUCAAUUCGACAUUGAGAAACUAAGUAAGUUGAAGAAAUAAUUUGUCAAUGGUACGCGUAGAAAAAAGCAAAUUUUUAAUUUUUAUUCUCUUUUAAUUUGAAAAUAAUUGUAUAGAAAAAAAAAAAAAAAAAGAAAAAACCGGUUUAUGGAUUUCAUCACGAUUUGAUAUUAGAUUACGAUCUUAUAUAUAAACGUAAAAAUAUUUCUUGUUUUGCAUUUACGAAUAAUCGAUUAUUCGAAUCUCAAGAGUCUUACUAUAAACUGGAAAAGCGUAUACAACCCCACAAGAGAGUUUGACCUACAUAGGUUAAAGUGCCCUUGGGAUAUUGUAGCCUAUAUUCUGUAAUUAAGCGUUUCUAUCCUUAACUAUAAACUUUCAACGAAAGUUAUACGCAACGUUUAUUGUGCUGAUUUAUUGACGGUAUUGUCUACAUCCUACCAAC